GUCAUUACUGUCAAAGAUAAUGUUAUCGCCGGUAUAUCGCUCUUUAUUUUCCUUGAUUCCGAGCCCAUCACGUAAAGUUUUACCGUUCGUCCAAAUUCUACAACACAGUUCCGCUUCCUUUAAAAACAUGACGUCGCCAGCGAAGUGGAAAAUCGAGAAAACCAGGAUUUUAAACAUGCCGUUAGACGAAAAAAUAAAACUUUACGCGUCGCCAGACUACGUAACUCUCGAGAGUGUUUCCCCUUGGGAUGACUGUAUUAGAACGCAAAAGGGUCUUGAGUCUAAAAAGCACAAUCUGGAAGACUUGGAAGUAUUUCAGAGGGCUAAAAUUGACAACGAGAAGAACACUGAAUUGAUCAGAAAGGUCUCAAUUUUCAAAGGGGAUAUUACGAAACUUGAAGUGGAUGCUAUAGUGAACGCGGCUAAUUCUCUCCUAAAGGCUGGUGGAGGCGUUGACGGAGCCAUCCAUAGGGCUGCUGGACCUCUAUUACAGCAAGAAUGCAACACCCUGGGAGGCUGCCCUACUGGUCAGGCCAAGGUCACUGGAGGCUAUAACUUGCCGGCUAAAUAUGUCAUCCACACAGUGGGCCCUCAAAAUGGCUCAGCACCAGACCUCCAAUCCUGCUACGAGAAAUGCCUAUCGUACGUGAAGGAAUACGAUAUUAAAUCCAUCGCGUUCCCCUGCAUCUCAACUGGAAUCUACGGGUUCCCUAACCGCCUAGCGGCCCACAUUGCUUUGAAGACUGCGAGGAAAUUUCUAGAAGAGAAUCUAAAUAUGAACCGAAUCAUUUUCUGCACUUUCCUGCCGAUUGAUGUGGAUAUAUAUGAGACUUUGAUGCAGAUGUAUUUUCCUAUGUACGAACGGAGAUAUAAUGAUGGGGCCAGUGUGACUGAAUAAGG